AUGUCAACCGACGAGUCCUCGGCGUCUUUUCAUAGGAGCCAGCGCAUUGUGUUCCGCGAUUGGUCAGUCGUGCCUACAAGCUACUUCAUCAAAUCCCGAACUUCUGACCUCCAUUACCUCUACGCAUAUACACCGAAUCGACUAAUCGACUCGCAGAGAUCUCAAUCCUCACCUCUCAUCAUGGCCAACUCAUCCAGUCCGGCACCCAAGCCAGAUCUCUCGCAUUCCGAAUAUCCAAGCUCGAUAGGCCGGAAGUUCGAUCCUGACGGAAGGGUUCUGCCGUUUCCCGGAAACACGAUCAUCUGUCACCUUUCACCAGACCAGCCUCUGUACCCUGCAAUGCUAGGUCUGUAUGACGCACUCAGGAGCCACAGAUUUGCGUCUCUAUGUACCAUGUUACCUCCGGAAAGCUGGCACAUGACUGUCUUCGAGGGCGUCAGUGAUGAGACUCGAGCCCGGCCGUCGGAUUUGCCCCUCGAUGCCCUAUUAGACAUAUGCACAGAUCUGUUCAAGGAGAAGCUCGAGAACUUUGAGUUCGACACUUCGACCCCAUUCCAACUGACCAUUGUUGGUUACAAUCCACUGGUAGAAGGCAUCGCCCUGACAGCCGUCCCCGCGACUCCCGCCGACGAAGUAAGGAUACGCGACCUUCGCAAACGGCUCUCCGAGCUCCUGCAAUUACGCAAUCCUGACCACGACGAAUAUGCCUUGCACCUAAGUCUUGCAUAUCUUCUACGCUGUCUGGAUAACCAGCAACAAAAGGAGCUUGGCGACUUUCUAGAAGAAAAUCGUGCUAAGCUGCCCACUCAUUUCGAAUUGGGGGUUCCGGAAUUCUGCACCUUCGAAGACAUGUUUGCUUUUCAUCGACUAUUUUUCUUGGGAGACGACCCCUAA